UGUCAUGUGAUAGAGAACGCGUGAGCGCGCACAGCUUCUUGACAGCUAGCGCUCAGGAUGGACUGCAGAGAGUCGGCGUUAUUAGUGUCCGUUCUCCUCCUGGCUUUGGAUUUGUGUUCUGCUCAGAAUUAUGUCCUGAGCGAUGACGGGGGGCUGGGAAGGGUUUUUGACGGAAUUGGAGGUUUAAGCGGCGGAGGGGCGACGUCUCGGUUACUGGUGAGUUAUGCCGAGCCGUACCGCAGCCAGGUACUAGACUUCCUGUUUAAGCCAAACUUUGGAGCUUCUUUGCACAUUCUGAAGGUGGAGAUCGGAGGAGAUGCUCAAACUACUGAUGGAACAGAGCCGUCUCACAUGCACUAUGAAAAUGAUGAGAACUACUACAGAGGCUACGAGUGGUGGCUUAUGAAAGAGGCCAAGAAGAGGAACCCAAAUAUCACACUCAUAGGUUUGCCCUGGGCGUUUCCCGGUUGGGUGGGCCAUGGCAAGAACUGGCCCUAUGACUACCCGGAUGUCACUGCAACAUAUGUGGUGAACUGGAUCCUUGGUGCCAAGCAGUACCAUGACCUAGACAUUCAGUAUGUUGGGAUCUGGAAUGAGCGAAGCUUUGACAACAAGUACAUUAAGCUGCUGCGAUACACUCUGGAUAAGAGUGGUCUGGAGAGGGUCAAGAUCAUAGCCAGUGACAACCUGUGGGAGCCCAUUGCCUUUUCUCUGCUGCUAGACCCUGAGCUGAGCACAGCUGUAGACGUGAUAGGGGCUCACUAUCCAGGUACCACCACAAUAACAGAGGCCCUGAAGACACAGAAGAAGCUGUGGUCAUCAGAGGACUACAGCACCUUUAACAAUGAGGUGGGAGGAGGCUGUUGGGCUCGGAUCCUCAACCAGAACUAUGUCAAUGGACAAAUGACUGCCACCAUCUCCUGGAAUCUGGUGGCCAGUUAUUAUGAGGAUCUCCCAUUUGGCAGGGACGGGCUCAUGACAGCUGAGGAGCCCUGGAGUGGCAACUAUGUGGUCGAGUCUCCAAUUUGGAUCACGGCUCACACCACACAGUUUACCCAGCCAGGAUGGACCUACCUGCAGACUGUUGGACAUCUGGCACAAGGUGGAAGCUAUAUUGCCUUGACUGAUGGGAAGGGAAAUCUCACUGUUGUCAUAGAAACGAUGACUCACAAUCAUUCAGUGUGCAUAAGACCUCCACUACCUCCCUUUAAUGUAACAUCCCAAAAUGCAACUUUCCAGCUAAAGGGGUCUUUUGCAUCCAUUAAAGAGCUCCAAGUGUGGCGGUCACAGUUUGACUUUAAGACGAGCAAGGCUUCCUUUUUUGAGAAACUAAAACCACUGAAGCUUGUAGAUGGCUUGUUUACCCUGAAUCUGGCUGAAGACGAGGUUUACACACUGACCACUAUUAGUACAGGAAGCAAAGGCAGCUAUCCCGACCCACCUCCCUCAGCUCCCUUCCCUAAAGUGUACAAGGAUGACUUUGAUGUUCGAAGCCCACCUUUUUCAGAAGCUCCAUACUUUGCUGAUCAGACAGGAGUGUUUGAGUACUACAUUAACCUGACUGAUCCUGGACCUCACGUCUUCACCUUAAGACAGGUUCUGACAGAAAGGCCCAUCACAUGGGCAACGGAUGCUGAUCAAACCAUUAGUGUCAUCGGAGACUAUUACUGGCAGAACCUGACAGUGACAUGUGACGUCUUCAUGGAGAAGAUGAAUGCUGGUGGUGUGUUCAUAGCAGCCAGAGUGGAUAAAGGGGGACAGUCAAUCCGCAGUGCUAAAGGAGUCUUCUUCUGGGUGUUUGCUGAUGGCACCUACAAAGUUACCAAUGAUCUUGUUGGCGAGACUGUACUCGCAGAGGGACAGUCUGGUACUGAGGUAUAUGGCUGGUACACCUUGUCACUCACUGUAAAAGGACAGUAUGCAUCAGGGUCACUGAAUGGAUACCCUCUGUGGAAGAAUGCUGUGGUACUGACCCCAAAGGCUGGCUGGGCUGCCAUAGGAACACGCUCAUUUGAACUGGCCCAGUUUGAUAACUUUGCUUUGGUGGCAGAGUGAUUAAUUUACUUUAAAUCAUGAUUUACACUAUGCUAUGAAUGUUCUGAUUCAUUUAUGGACUUGAUUAGUACUUUACAGCCGAUAGCUUCAAGCAUGUUUGUAAAAUUUGGGGCGAUGUAUUGACAGAAAUGGGUUGUAAUAUUUAAUUAGCAUGUAACCACGCGUAAUUAUCAUUGUGGUUUCUGUUCAGGACUGAGUCUUGAUAUGACAGGAUCAUUCCAACAAAAACAAUGUCUUUCUACAGCUCACAGCCAACAAAACACUGGUUUAAGACCUUUCUUUGAAGAAAUGCCUUCAAAUAAGGACUUCAAGAUAAGGCUGGAAAUGUGUUGGGGGCAUAACUUGUAGUGAGUCGUCUGUUUGUAGCACAUUAGAAUCCAUCACACUUGUACAGCCUGGUGUUAGAAUCAAACGACCAUAUUAGUAUUUGGUGUUAGCCGUGUAGUUGGCUUGUCACUACCAUAGGAGCAUCCCUCAGUUUCUCAGUGGGCUCCACCCCUCACUUGUUGCAUCUGUUUUCAAAACAGCUAAGUUUCAACACCUCAAACUUCUUGGAAGUAAUUCUUAAUGUCUUGGCGGUUGCCUCCAUCUCCAUCUUUUUAUAUACAGUGUAUGUGGAGGAAAAAAACGUAUCAGAUGGCACUGAAUCCUGGAACUUUGUUUGAUGUGAUUGUAAAUGAUUUUUAGUGUGACUUUAUCUUGUCUUAACUGCUUUGAAUAAAUCAAAUAGAAAGCCAAA